GAAAAGAAAAAAAAGGAAAAAACAAGAUUGUUGCCGACUGCACAAACUCUCUCUCUCACACACACACACUAACCAUGGUUACUUUUUCACUGUUCUGCAAACCUCAAACCCAAACUUCAUACACAUGCAGCAAUUUGGGCAAGAAAAUUUAGAAACACAAUACACAAACAGCUAACAUAUCUUCUUCCUUCUCUUCUGCUCUGCAAAAAAGAGAAAAGAGGCCGCAAAUAAAUUCUCCUUGUUUCCGCUGCUGAUUAUUUCCUUCAAUAAGGUUUUUGAUUUUCUGCCAUAGGCUCAUAGCAAUACAUACUUUCUCGGAAGUGGAUGAACUCGAGAUACUGAUACCUUGUGUUUGAGAUCUGAUACUAAGAACUGCGGCUUGUUGCGAUUUCGCGAGUAAAGGUUGAAUUUCUGUGAUGGAGUGAUGUUGGAUUGGCUUGUGAGAUGAGUUUGGUUUCCGUGAUUUGGAAAUUUUCAAUCGGCAAGUACUGGAAUUUUUGUUGUUUUUCUCAGUUAUUUGGGUCUUUUGAAGCUGAACCACCUGUUGAGAAUUAGGAUUAGAAAUUGGCAUGGGGGUUGUUGGUUGGAGUAAUGAAGAUAAGGCGAUGGCAGCAGCGGUUUUGGGAACUAAGGCUUUUGAUUACUUGAUGUCGAGCUCAGUUUCUGCUGAAUGCUCGUUAAUGGCGAUGGGGAGUGAUGAGAAUUUGCAGAAUAAGCUUGCAGAUCUUGUAGAGCGCCCAAAUUCUUCCAAUUUUUGUUGGAAUUAUGCAAUUUUCUGGCAGCUCUCUAGGUCCAAGGCUGGGGACUUGGUGUUGGGAUGGGGGGACGGGUGUUGUCGAGAACCUCGUGAUGAUGAGGAAUCUGAGGUUACUCGAAUUCUCAAAAUGAGGCUCGAGGAUGAAUCUCAGCAGACAAUGAGGAAAAGGGUUCUCCAGAGGUUGCAUACUUUGUUUGGAGGAGGCGAUGAGGAAAAUUAUGCUUUUGGAUUGGAUAAGGUAACGGACACUGAGAUGUUCUUCCUGGCAUCAAUGUACUUUUCCUUCCCCAGGGGCGAAGGAGGCCCUGGGAGGUGUUUUGGAUCUGGCAAGUAUGUCUGGUUGUCGGAUUCAUUGAAGUCUUCCGUUGAUUACUGUGUUAGGUCAUUCCUUGCAAAGUCGGCUGGCAUGCAAACUAUUGUUUUGAUCCCAACUGACGUUGGGGUAGUUGAAUUAGGGUCGGUCAGAUGCAUCCCGGAAAGUAUGGAGCUAGUCAAGGUGGUUGGAUCUUCCUUUUCGUCGUUUUCUUCACUCCUCAGGUCGAAACAAGCUGCAGCUGCGGCUGUGGUGACAGUAACGGACAAAAAGGAUACGAAUGCCCCCAUUCCUAACCUGGCUAUUGGUAACCGACCAGAAGUUGCUCCCAAGAUUUUCGGGCAGGACUUAAAUUCAAGCCAUGUGCAAUUUAGGGAAAAUGUUUCCAUUAGGAAACCAGAAGUGCAAGAAAGGACUUGGGACGCAAGUGGAAACAGGAACAGGCUACCAUUUACCAACAAUCGCAAUGGUUUUCAUGGCGCUACGUGGACACAGUAUAGUAAUGUAAAGCUAGGGAGUCCAGUAGAUGUUUACAGUCCUCAGACUCCAGCCAAAAAGCGUGCUGAGGUUGCCAACGGGAAUAGAGAGGAGUUCAUGAUUAAUAAUUUUCAGCAUCAAAAGCCAGCUCAAAUGCACAUAGAUUUUACUGGAGCGACCUCAAGGCCUUUAACCUCCUCACAUCCACAGAGUCUCGAAUCUGAGCUUUCAGAUGUUGAGGCUUCAUGCAAGGAAGAGGCUGCAGGCCUAUCAGAAGAUAAGAGGCCGAGGAAGCGUGGUAGGAAGCCUGCCAAUGGAAGAGACGAACCCCUCAAUCAUGUAGAGGCAGAAAGACAGCGAAGAGAGAAGCUGAACCAGCGCUUCUACGCUCUACGAGCUGUUGUACCAAAUAUCUCUAAGAUGGAUAAAGCUUCCCUCCUUGGAGAUGCUAUUGCUUACAUAACCGAACUGCAGAAGAAGCUCAAGGACAUGGAGUCUGAGAGAGAAAGACUUGGCAGCAUAUCGAGAGAAGCAUCUGUUUCAGAAGCUAAUUCUAACAGAGAAUCACAAGACCUGCUGGCUUCGAGCAUUAACAUCGAAGCUGGCCGUGAAGAAGUCACUGUUAGGAUUAGCUGCCCGCUGGACGCCCAUCCAGCAUCAAGAGUCAUCCAAGCAAUCAAUGAUGCACAGGCAACUAUCAUCGAUGCAAAAAUGGCUACAGGGAGUGAGCGAGUGUUCCACACAUUCGUUGUCAAAUCCCAUGGAUCCGAACGACUAACUAAGGAGAAGCUGAUCGAAGCGUUUUCUCGUAGAUCCAGCUCUCCCCAUCAGUUAUCUCUCGGGUAAUAGAAUAACGGUGUUGAACAAAUCAAGUUAGUUGCCUUAAUAUGCAGUGUAUCAUCAUAGAAAGCUUUUGAGGAGAUUUUGAUAUGCAGCAGUUAAUGCUAGAAAUAGGGGAUGAAAACUUUCUUUUGACCUUCUAGGAUAGCAAAUCUCUAGUUGCUUAUAGUUUUAUACAUAUUUAGUCGAUCGCAAGAUUAAUUAAACUUAUCAAUUUUAGAUUUCAUCUUUAUUUCUUUUCUUCUUUUUGGCUUCUGGGAAUAUGUAUAUCUGAUUUUGCUCA